CGGUCACUCCGCCCAGCGAGCCAGGCCCCCCCCCCCUCCUCCCCGGCUGCCACCCUCCCAACACCGCCACCACCACCAUCAUCACCGCCACCUCCGUCGCCUCAUCGCUAACGCUCAUCACCGCCAACACCAACACCGCCAACACCAACAUCACCCCCCCCACCACCCCCAUCACCGCAUCGUCGCCAUGGCCAGCACGAACAAGCCGGCCGCGGCGGCGCACGGGCCGUGCGUGCUGUGCUGCCAGGAGGUGGACGUGUUCGCGUUGGGCAAGUGUGACCACCCCGUGUGCUUCCUGUGCUCCACCAAGAUGCGGGUGCUCAGCGAGCAACCCUACUGCGCCGUGUGCCGCCUCGAGCUCGCAGAGGUGGUGUUCACGCACACGUUCGCCCCCUUCGCGUCCUUCGACACGAGCCGCAUGACUAUCGACCGGGAGCACGGCAUCUGCUUCGACUGCGAGGGCACGCGCGACAAGUACAGGAAGCUGCUGCUGCACGCUUGCCCGCGCUGCCCCGCGCUGCCGCCAUUCUCCACACUGCAGGAGCUGCAGAAGCACAUGAAGCAGCAGCACGAGCGCUUCCCGUGCGACCUCUGCCUGCGCCACCUCAAGAUCUUCUCAAGGGAGCGGCGCUGGUACACACGGAAGGAGUUGGCGCAUCACCGGCGCACGGGUGACCCCGACGACCGCUCGCACCGCGGCCACCCGCUCUGCCAGUUCUGCGACCAACGCUACCUUGACAACGACGAGCUGCUCAAGCACCUGCGGCGCGACCACUUCUACUGCCACUUCUGCGACGCCGAGGGCACCAACGAGUACUACAGCGACUACAAUUUCCUUCGGGAGCACUUCCGGGCGGAGCACUUCCUGUGCGAGGAAGGCCCCUGCCAGGGCCAGGAGUUCGUCAACGCCUUCCGCACCGACAUCGACCUGCGCGCCCACCGCGCCAGCGUGCACAGCCGCAACCGCGCCGAGGCCCGGCAGACACGGCAGCUGGAGCUGCAGUUCACGUGCCCGCUCCGCCGGCACCUCCGCAACGACGGUGUGGUGACAAAUGCAGACUUUGAAGACGUGGAGCGAGAUACGAGGAGCAGGGGUCCACCGCGACGACCGAGACCCAGGGAAAACCGGGACGAGGGCCGGGAGUUGGUGAUGGCGCUGCGGGAGUCGCUGGGUGCCCAGCUGCAACAUCAGCAGCAGCAGUCGGCUGUGGCGGCGGCAGCGGCAGCAGCUGCUGCAGGAAGUGGAGCGGAGCAGACAGCGAAACGAUACUCUCCUUCAGGCGACGGGGACAGUCCGGAGCGGGCGCAAAUGGAGGCCGAGGUGGGCACGAGGGUGGCAGUGACGGGCGACACGGCAGCCAAGCGGGUGGCGCUGGCGGCCGGUCAGACGGUGUCCAACGGGCCGCUCGCCCACGACGAGUUCCCAGCCCUGGGCGCUGUCACCACCUCUGCCAGCUCGGCGUCGGAGAGCGCGCACGCGCGUUCCAACAUGGCGGCCAAAAUGCACCAGUCUCACAUCCGGGUGUUUGAUGAGGAGUUCCCGAGCCUGACGGGUUCCACGCCGGCCUUCGUGCCGGGCUUCGCCGGGCAACCCUGCCGAACCUUCGCCCCCACGCAGUCUCAGCCACAGUCGAAGCCCCAGCUUAAGUCCAGGGAGGAAGAGUUCCCUAGCCUCACGAAACGGCAGAAGGGCCCGCCGCUGAGAACACAGGGCCCGCCGCCUCAGGGCCCGCCGGUGAGAACACAGGGCCCGCCGCCACAAGGCCCGCCGGUGAGAACACAGGGCCCGCCGCCUCAGGGCCCGCCGCCACAGGCCCAGCAGCCGAGGCCGCAGCCCAAGCUGGAACUGGAAGACUUCCCGAGCCUGACGAAGUUGGGCUCGGGACGCGCGCCACCACAGCGCAUGAAGCUGCAGGCCAAGGCUCGGGGGAACGCGAGGGUGGAGGAGGGAGAGGAGGAAGAGGAGGCGUUCCCGAGCCUGCAGUCGCUCCGCAAGGGAUUGCUGCCGACCCCGGACCCACAGAAACGACCACCCAAGCGGGAGGAGAGGACGGCCGGCAUCGCCGAGGACCGCGCGAGUGCCAAGGCGCUCAGGACUGGACCGAUCGGCUCGGCGCCGGUGCGGGAGACGGCCAGGUCACAGGCGCAAGCGGAGCCACAGAAACCACAGCAGAAGCCGGCGACCUUGAGCCGAGAAGACGAGCCCAGCACCCUGGCAUCGCUUGGGAAGGCGCUGGUCUCCAGGGCGCUGGCACCAACGCAAGCGCCGCAACAGCAGGAGCCUCGCAAGACUCCCCAGCCCAGUUCUUCCCAUGAGGAGCGUCCCUAUCUCUCAGGAGUCCAGAUUGGGUCCCGUCCACAAGCGCCGCUGGACGAGGACUUUCCGAGCCUGCCGACGCUGAGCCGGGCAGAGCACCGCAUCGGCGGGGGCUUGCCCGGCGGCGGGAGCGGCGGUGGCGGCGCAGCCCGGCAGUCCACGGUGGCCGCACGGGCGUUCAAGGAGGACGAUUUCCCAGUGCUCAUUGGGAAGGUCCCGACGCGGCCAGGUCUGGUGGGGGGGCGCCAGCAGCAGCGCGGCACAGGCGGCGCCUCCGCAUGGGGCAGCUCUGGUGUUACCACGGCCGCCAUCGCCGCCCCGGUUCCCCCGGCACCAUCGGACCAAACGUUAAAAUUGGAGCCGCCAUGCUUUCCCACUUCUUCUUCCGGCGCCGCCGCCGCGGCAAAUGUGGCCGCAAGCGCAAAGGGGGAGAAGAGCAGCAAAGUAGCCGCUCGCAAGAACCGGAGCGCGGCAAUCGCGGUGAUGAAGGGCCUGGACCGCGAUGACGACGACGAGGAGGAUGCCAGCCCUGCUGUGACCUCGCUGGAGUUCCGAUCGGCGCCCACGCUUUUCGACCUUUCGUCGCUACUCACCGCACCCAAGAUAUCGGGCAAGGGCGGCGGGAAGAAGCAACUGGGCGGGGAGCGGGCGGAUGAGAAGAGGGCCGCGACCACGACCGCGGCGGCUCCGGUGAGAGCAGCCACCGUCGGCGAAACUAAAGCGGUCGUGCCCGAGGCCCAGUCUGCCGCGGACGAGGCGUCGCGAGCAAAGGCCAAGCGGAACAAGGGCAAGGGGAAGGCCGGGGCGGGUACGGCGGCGGACGAGAAAGGGGCGGCCGGAAGCGAGAGGCGGAAGGUGGGAGCGGACGAUGCGAAGGACGCCGGCGGGAGGGCCGCAGAGGAGGCGGGGAGGAGCAGUGGCUCGGAGAGCGAUUGCUGGUGGGAGAAGGAGUGGGAAGAGCCAGCCUCCGGCGCUGACCAGACGAACGGCACCGAGCGGCGAACCCUGGCUAACGGCGUCCCUCGACCGCCCCCGGGCCUGGCCGCCCCUCCUGGCCCGCCGUCCCUGCUGCUGCCGCCGCCGGUGCAAGCAGUCAGUGGUUUCCUGAGCCUUGAAGAUGACUUUCCGGCGCUGACUGCACCUGCUGUGCCCCGCAAGCCACCGCCCGGUUUCGUUAAGUCUGGCCCUGUCGCCACCGCCGCCGCUGUGGUGAAGCAGCCCCCGCCCGGCCUGGGAGCACCGGCCACAGCUCCCCCAGGCUUUGGGGGGUCCCCAACGAGCAUCGCCCCCCCGGGCCUGGCCGCGGUGGUGGCCGUGGCCGUGCCGAAAGGGGCCCCGCCCGGGCUCGUGGCCGUGCCGGCCGCAUUCAGCGACUGCAGAGAGGGGGAGGUAGCUGGAGGUGGCGGCGCCGGCACUGGCUACAUAGCCCCGGAAAACUUUGUGCAGCGAAAUCGCUCCCUGAUCGAUCGCGUGCGCGGGAUCCUGGGGGAGGACGAAGACAAGUUCACCGACUUCAAGAAGCUCUCGGGCCAGUUCCGCCAGGGCUCGCUGUCAGCGAUAGACUACCACGCGCGCUGCGAGGCCCUGCUGGGCCCCGUAGGCCUCGGCGUCGUGCUGCCGGAGCUGCUGGUGCUGCUGCCCGACACGGAGAGGCAGCGGCAGCUCUUGGACGCCCAUGGGCAGAGGCGGCGGCGGCAGCAGCAGCAACCAGGUGCAGUCGGGGCGGCCCGGAAGAAGAAGGGGCAGGGGGCAAAAGUCGCGGACUCCGGGAGUGAGCUUGACUGCCGCUGCUGCCCAUCCUGCCAGCAGGUCGUCGGCCCUGCGGACUGGUCUUGGCACACGGCAAGGCACGGAGGGGAGGACGAGUUCCCAGCACUGCCAUCGGCUGCCCGCUCAACCCUCUAACUGUUUGUCACUCAACCCGGGCCCCUCCAGCCCCACCGGCUGUCCCAUGUGACUGCCCGUGCCAACGUUGCUGCGGGUACAGCCCUACAAUCGCGAACUGUACUGGAGUUGCUGGUGGAGGUGCUGUCACGGUAACCCCACGUCUCCACCCCCACAGUGUGCAGUUCCAUUAUAUUAAUUGGAGAAAGGGACAGGAAAAUGUAUAAUGCUGAACCGGUAAUUUGUUGCGAAGGCAGCAGUGCUCUUAUUUAUGCGCUCAAGGUAAAUAAAUAUAUUGGGAGAGCGAGGAAGGCCGAGCGAUAACGUUGGGUAGAGGCACGAAGUGGCGACUGCAGAGGGGCCGAGUUGGAGGGGCGGUCGCAUGUUUCCACGAAUGUUGCCAAUUAAGAUGCCUCGUUACAAGCCAAUAAGCCAACGACACAAUGCGACAAAAGUACAAAGCUCAGAGUUUAGCUUGCUGAGAAUCGCCACAGAAAGGUAUGUUAAAACAAGAACGGCAGAUUAAAUUUCUGUUAUUUAUUGUGCCCGACAAGAGGGUGCAACGUGGUGUUACAGGCACUCUUGCGCUUCUACAGAGCUUCAAGUAGCAGUGCAGGACGCCUUUUAUCAAGCAGCACUUCCCUGCUCCCCAUGGUGCCUCGCAGUGAUGAGGCAUUUCCGCGAGGGAUACACCCUCAAGACGUAGAUGUUACACCACCGGGCAGUGUAGUCGCUUACUUGAACAGGCUUUGGGGGGAGGGGUGGGGUGGCUGGUCGGUCUGAACAAGAGUCGGACAGUCAGACUCGCCUUACUGCUCAUGCCUUUGUCGCGAAUUUUUCCCAAAGUCAUUACCCAACUCGCCCAUGUGAUUUGGUGAGAAAAGAAUGGAAUUCUUUAUUUUACGUUUAUUUCUUUUGAGAUGCCACAUCCUCUGCCAGGUGAGAAUUUACAUCCUGCCCGGGAGGAGGGGCAAGGGUCAGGGUUCAAUGGUUAAGAGGCGAUGUCAGGAGUGUGUAAACACAGGGUGUUUAAAUUAAUGGCUUACUAUUUAAGAACAGCGUAAAAAAUACGGCCAUUGAAUAAAACCCAAAAAAAACUUUAUUCUUCAAUAAAUAAAAGACAAAUGACAAAAUAUUGGUUCUGAGUUAAAAUUGUUUUAGUUUUUUUCCUGCAAACCUGCAAAAUAAAAUCCGGUUUGUCCCAU